GCGCAAAAAGUUGGCGGUGCGUGUGGCCCGGCCUUAUCGCUGAAAAAAAACCAAAACAAAAACAAAGCAACGAAUUUUCAGCUCGCGUUUGGAAAACUCGAAACGAGGAAAGAAAAUCCCGUGGCAUAGUGCAUUCACAGGAAGAAUGAUCAGCUUCCGCAUCAAAUUAGGUGACUAAGCACUUAACAUCAAUCAAUCGAGGUACUUUAGCGUAUCCGCGAGAUAAGAGGAGUUGCGUAUUUCACUCGCAAUCGAAAAUAUGUUGCGACUCGCUGGUUGUUUAACGCUGCUCUUGAAGCUCAGCCUCAUCUGUGCAUAUCGGCCAGUCUUUAUCUAUCAUGGGAUUCUCACCGGAGCCGAUAGCAUGCAGCAUCUGGUGAAGCGGAUUCAGUUGCUUCACCCGGAUACGGUGGUGUACAAUUUUGAUCGCUUCGGUGGAUGGUCAAGUCUGGAGAAUGCUUGGCAUCAGGUGCUGGAAGCGAACGAGAAUCUGCAAGCGGUAUGUGCCCUGCAUCCUGAGGGAAUCAACAUGAUUGGCUAUUCGCAGGGUGGGCUCCUUGGACGCGCCGUGCUGCAAACGUAUCCGGACCACUGUGUCCGCACCUUCAUCUCGUUGAGCUCGCCACAGGCUGGCCAGUUUGGAGAUGAUUUUCUGCACUUGAUUUUCCCCUCCCUGGUGGCCAAAACGGCGUACCAGCUGUUCUACUCCUACGUCGGUCAGCACACGUCCGUCGGGAAUUACUGGAACGAUCCGCACCAUCAGGAUCUGUUUGAACAGUUUAGCAUCUUUCUGCCGUACGUGAACAAUCGGCUGUACUCCACCAACUCGACACAGUUCCGCGAGACGAUGAUGCGACUCCGGCGGUUGGUACUGAUCGGUGGACCGGACGAUGGUGUCAUUACACCGUGGCAAUCGAGUCACUUUAGUUUCUACAACGAAACGAAUGAUGUGGUGCCACUGCAGGAAAGUCCCAUCUACAAGGAGGAUCUGAUCGGACUCAAAACGCUACACGAUAGCGGCCGAUUGGAUGUGAUCAGCAGGGAAGGUGUACAUCAUUAUCAGUGGCACCGGACGGAUCAUGUGAUCGAUAGUGUCAUUAUUCCUUAUCUCGACUGAGAGUGCGUUUCGAGAGGAGGCGCCACUGACUGACGAAGCUUUACCAUGCGUUUAGGAUAUUUGAUUAAUGUUUUAAGGUGGGUUUUGUAUAAAGGAUAAAUCAGAAUAGUAGAUAAAUGAUGUUUAAAACUCUGUAAGGAAGAAUAGGCUAGAAGAUCCAAGAUAUUUUCCUGUGUGAUAGACGGAGCUGUUCGGGAGACGUGAGCCAAUCAACUUUCAUUCAAAGUUUGCUAAAGAGUGCUGAAAUAGUUGGUUUCUCUAAACGAGAAGAAACGAAACUUCACAGGUUUUUUUUUCUGUUUUACAUAUCAUGGAUAAUGCUCUGGAUUUAUUGUGAAUUGAUUUAAAUUGAAAUUAAUUGAAUAAAAUUGGCCUUUGGAAGAUUUUACCGUA